ACUUCCAGAAGGUUUAUGCGACCAAUAAAUUUAGGGUUUUUCACUCCAAUGUUCCCCUUUCUGGUAAAAUUUUAGUUUCUCAACGCAAUCGCAGCUUUCUUUCUCAAUUUAUCUUCACGUUGUUUAAGUUGGUGUUCGAAGAUGCGGUCCCAAUCUCUGUCUUUCUCAGUGUAAUUUUAGGGUUUCUUGUUUAUAAGUUUUUCUUAAAUCUGUUACACCAAUGUCGAGUGGUUUUGGAGAAUCAACGAAAUCAGUGUCCUCUGAAGAGAACAGUUCCAUUAUCGAUGCCGGUGAUUUCAAUUGUAGCAUUUGCUUCGAUUUUGUUCAGGAACCAGUGGUGACGCUCUGUGGUCAUUUAUUCUGUUGGCGAUGUCUCUAUAGGUGGUUACAUCAUCGUUCUCGUCCUAAAGGAUGUCCUGUUUGCAAAGCUGUUGUUGAGGAAGAUAAAUUGGUUCCUCUUUAUGGUAAAGGAAAAUCGGUAACUGAUGAUCCGAGAAUGAAAUCGUAUCUUGGAAUGGAGAUUCCUCCUCGUCCUUUCGGACAGAGGCCACAAACUGUUGAGGUUCAGGAGGAUGAUGAGGAUGAUGAGGAGGAUGAGGAGGAUGAUGAGGAUGAGGAUGAGGAUGAUGAUGAUGAUGAUGAUGAUGAUGAUGAUGAGGAAGAGGAUGAGGUGGAAUUUGUUCAGGCAGAGGGGUUGGUUGAGGAAGAGGAAGUUGUUGAGGAAGAGGAAGCUGAGGAUCCAGACUAUGUUGCCGCUCCUGACACUCCAUUUUUGCUGCGUGCGCGCUUGGAGUCUAGCGAACAGCGUUUCAAGGAGUAUCGUGAGUCUACAGAGCAGCGUUUCAAUGAGUAUAAUGAGUUUAUCAAUGAGUUUAAGGAGUUUCGCGAUGAGUAUAGGGAGUUUCGUGAGGCUCUGCAGCCACGUUUGGAGCAGAUUGAGCAGCGCAUCAAGGAUAUCAACGAGUGUCGCGUGGAGGCAGAGCAGCGUAUUGAACAGUGUCGUGCAGAGGCAGAGCAGCGGAUUGAGCAGUGUCGUGCGGAGGCAGAGCAGCGGAUCAAGGAGUGUCGUGCGGAGUAUGGUGCUGAUACAGAGUAGUGUUUUCAGAGUAUCAAUAAUUAGAUUUAAAAUUUGGAUUAGUGUUUUUAGUGAUAUUGUUAGUUAUAUACUUAGUUUUUUGUACUGAAUAAAUAUCUUCUAAUGCUGUAUUGUUCUCAUUGCAUAUUUCUGGAAAGUGUUCAUGCAUAUAAAACCUUGUUUUUUUAACACUGGUUAAAUGAAUUGAAUCAUGCAUAUGUAUGUAUGACUUGAAUCUUGAUGUUUUUAGGCAGUAUAAAAAGAUUUUGUUUGCAUGAACUGAAAUAGGAAUUGAAUCACUUGGAUUUUGUUUCAAAAAGAAGAUCUUACAUGAUUCGACUCAGACAAUUUUUGAAUUUUGAAUCGAAUUAUUUGAAUUGAAUCAGGCAUCAUUUGAAUUGAUUCACAUUACACGGGAUUGCAUUGUUCUUAUUGAUCAUAAUUGAUUCAAUCUUUAUAUGAAUCGGUUCUUGCUUGACAAAUUCUAGAAUUCAUGUAAGUGAGAAUAAGUGGGUCUAAUGACUAAAAGUCAAAAAAAUUUAAGAGAAUAAAGGGGUCCAAAUCUGCA